UUUUCCAUAUUUUACUCAAUGCAUUUGAUGGGGAAGAAUAUAUAAACGACAGAAAUCUACUCCGUACCUGGUCCCUCUAGUUGUCGGAUUAGCGCUUUGUUUACGUACCAUCUCCACUCAAGAGUCAUCCCCAAGAACAUUCCCGUAGCCAUUCGCUUACACCCCAUCAUCCCCGCUCCAAGCCCUCUGUGUCACAUCACAAACUGAAAGGUUGAAACAACUCUAUUGAAUCUGAAUAUGCAAGACACUGUUCAUUCCCUGGUGUGGCUGGCCAUUGGCUUCGCCCUGGUCAAUGUCGCUCACAGCUUGGAAGCCCAUAAUAACUUUCGAUACCUCGCCCAAACCCCCCUAUCUACCGCACCCACGUUCGGCAAUGAAGACACACCAUGGGGCUUAACAACUUAUGCCAACAUUCCAUAUCUGCCCUGUCUCUCAAAGCGUGACAGCCUCAAAUAUGACAUCGCUGUCCUCGGUGCACCAUUUGACACUGCAACAACCGGCCGACCAGGAGCCCGCUUCGGCCCCGGAGCAAUCAGAUCUGGCUCCUCGCGCAUUUACGCAGAUGCAGCAUGGAGUUUAUACACCGGGGAAAACGUCUUCAAAAGCAACGUCAAAAUCGUCGACUGCGGAGACGUCCCAAUGACCAGACUGGACAACACCGUCGCGCUCAAACAGCUGGAAACCGGCCACGACAUCAUCAAUGCCCGCUCUCCUGUUUCUAGGGACCUGUCCCCUGUCCCGAGGAUUAUCAACUUGGGAGGUGAUCAUACCACCACGCUGUCUGCGUUGAGGGCAGCGUACAAGAAAUGGGGGAAACUCUCUGUUAUUCAUUUCGAUGCUCAUAUCGAUACUUGGAACCCCAAGGUGUUGGGUGGUGAUGUUUCUGACUAUGGAGCGGUAAACCACGGAACCUUCCUCCACAUUGCCCACGAGGAGGGGCUUAUUACAAACUCCAGCAUUCACGCAGGCAUCCGGGCACCUCUUGCCCACCCAGUCAAAGACAUGAAGAAUGAUCGCCGUUGCGGGUUUGAUUUUGUUACCUCCAGGGAUCUUGACCGUUUUGGUAUCAGCGGGAUUAUCGAGAGGCUGAAAUCCAGGGUUGGAGACGCGAAAACCUAUAUCAGUGUUGACAUUGAUGUUCUGGAUCCUGCUUAUGCUCCUGCAACGGGAACUGCUGAGCCGGGUGGUUGGACGUCGAGGGAGCUACUGACUAUCCUUGACGGACUGGUUGGGCUCAAAGUUGUGGGUGCUGAUGUCGUGGAAGUUGCGCCGGCUUAUGAUGGUGCUGGUGAGACAACGGGCGUGGCGGCUGCUGAGGUUGUGCAUUCUCUUCUGUAUUUGAUGGUGAAGACCCCAGUUGCGGGGGAGUGAGGUGCCGGAAUCUGAGCUGCAGUGUGGAUAGGACGAAUGUUCCUUAUCACCAGCAAUCUGCGUAGGGGAGCAACAACUGCAGUGAUCGUUGCCAGCACAUUCUCCUUCAGCACUUCACACAGGAUCUCUUCCUGCCAGGGUAACAUUCCGUGACUCCGGAUCCAUAUUUCGAAUCCACCAUUUGGAAUUUAAUCCUGUCACACGUCCACGGACUAAUUGGCCACACCACGGCCUCACUAUUAUCUACCUACACCUCGAAAGCCGGUGGUUAAAAAGGACCUUAGAAAUACCCUAGUAAUAGCCUAAAGCUAUAGGGUGCGGGUUACCGAGAAAAAAAUAAAUAUGUAUUUUUAAGACUCCUU